UUUAGAUGUGCCUUAUGAUUUGAAUGCAAGUAGAGUAACUUUACUUCCAUUGCAUUAGUCUUCUGCUGCAAUAGUUUGUUCAGCUUUAAGGGCAAGAUCCACAAGAGGCCUUCAGGUUUGUGAUACUGAGUCCUGGGCACCAGGGCAAAAUUAGUAGGCUGUUGAUUCAGUUAUACACCCUUUAAAAUGCCUGGGGGGAAUUAGAUGCCUUUAGAAUGGGUUUCAAUAACCAGUAUUGGUAAGCUGCCCAAGGGCUCCAGUAGGGGACAGGGGCUCAAGAUCUUAAGACUGAUCUCACUUAUCCCCUUUCUUUUAGAAACCAAACAGGGCUCAUAUUUUUCUUUCAGAAUGUGGCUAGAAGAGAUGGUAACAAUGUCACUGUUUUUCUAGGAUAGCCUUGUGGUUAGAGCAUGCAAGUGGAAUAUAGGUGGCCUGGGUUUAAUUUCUUAUUCUUCAGGGGAUUCAGUGCAUUUCCCACCCCCAACCCCCAUCUUCCUCCACCCCAGACUAUGAGAAGACAACGAAAUGAAGUUGUUGUGGAGUUAAGAAAGAACAAAAGAGAUGAGCACUUGUUAAAGAGAAGAAAUGUACCCCAUGAAGAUAUCUGUGAAGAUUCUGAUAUAGAUGGUGAUUUCAGAGUGCAAAACACAUCCUUGGAGGCGAUAGUACAGAAUGCUUCAAGUGACAACCAAGAUGUACAGCUAAGUGCAGUGCAGGCUGCAAGAAAGCUUCUUUCCAGUGACCGCAAUCCACCAAUUGAUGACUUAAUAAAAUCAGGAAUAUUACCUAUUUUGGUGCACUGUCUUGAAAGAGACGACAAUCCCUCUUUACAGUUUGAAGCUGCAUGGGCUUUGACAAACAUUGCAUCUGGAACCUCAGAACAAACACAAGCCGUAGUUCAAUCCAAUGCUGUGCCACUUUUUCUGAGACUGCUGCAUUCGCCCCAUCAAAAUGUUUGUGAGCAAGCAGUAUGGGCUUUAGGCAAUAUCAUAGGUGAUGGACCUCAAUGUAGAGAUUAUGUUAUUAGUCUUGGAGUUGUGAAGCCCCUGUUGUCCUUCAUCAGCCCAUCUAUUCCUAUAACAUUCUUAAGAAAUGUUACAUGGGUCAUGGUCAACUUGUGCCGUCACAAAGAUCCACCUCCACCGAUGGAAACCAUUCAGGAGAUCCUUCCAGCCCUCUGUGUUUUAAUUCACCACACAGAUGUAAAUAUAUUGGUGGAUACAGUCUGGGCUCUUUCCUACCUAACGGAUGCUGGUAACGAACAGAUCCAGAUGGUGAUAGACUCUGGAAUAGUCCCUCAUUUGGUUCCUCUUCUCAGUCACCAAGAAGUUAAAGUGCAAACUGCUGCCCUGAGAGCUGUAGGAAACAUUGUUACAGGGACUGAUGAACAGACGCAAGUAGUUCUGAAUUGUGAAGCACUUUCACAUUUCCCAGCCCUUCUGACACAUCCCAAAGAAAAAAUUAAUAAGGAAGCAGUAUGGUUCCUAUCUAACAUCACUGCAGGAAAUCAGCAGCAAGUUCAGGCAGUGAUAGAUGCAAACCUUGUUCCCAUGAUAAUACAUCUUCUAGAUAAGGGUGAUUUUGGUACUCAAAAAGAAGCUGCUUGGGCUAUAAGCAACUUAACAAUCAGUGGAAGAAAAGAUCAAGUGGCAUACUUAAUUCAACAAAAUGUAAUUCCUCCUUUUUGCAACUUGCUAACAGUAAAAGAUGCUCAAGUUGUACAAGUGGUGCUGGAUGGACUAAGUAAUAUAUUAAAAAUGGCUGAAGAUGAAGCAGAAACCAUAGCCAACCUUAUAGAAGAGUGUGCAGGGUUGGAAAAAAUUGAACAGCUACAGAAUCAUGAAAAUGAAGACAUCUACAAACUUGCUUAUGAGAUCAUUGAUCAGUUCUUCUCUUCAGAUGAUAUUGAUGAAGAUCCUAGCCUUGUUCCAGAGGCAAUACAAGGUGGAACAUUUGGUUUCAAUUCAUCUACCAAUGUACCAGCAGAAGGGUUCCAGUUUUAGAGCGAUGACUUGGAAGUUAGGUACAAUGCAGCACUGAAUAAAAAAUGGUUUGAUCCAUCAAUCUUGGCUCAUGGGAUCCGCUGCUGCAUUAAAUCGGGAAAGAAAAUGUGAAGAUUUCAUUUGGAAUCACAGAAAAGCCCAAAUGAAGUCAAGAUGGCGAGUGGGUGCGAGUGAGAAUGAGUGGCAAAAUGUAAUGAAAAACUUCACACUGAAUGCUUAUUUAGAUUGUUCAAAGAAAAAGGGCUACAGGUCAAAGAUCUUCAGUGCCUGAGAAAGGAACAAUGACUUAUUAGAGCAAUUGGGGGGGGAAAUGCAGUACUAUCAUCAUCAAGCAUAAAAGAGAAUAGGAUGCCCAUAUAAGUCCAAGGAGAAUGAGCCCAGGCCUUGCUAUGAAGCACCGUGUGAAUGGACAACAUUGAAUGAAUGUCUGGACUCAAUGCUGUGGAGCCAGGCUCUUGUUUCAAAUCUAGGGCUCUUCAGUCAUGAAGCAGACUCCUAGUCUUGGAGUGGCGUGUGUACGAGAGUAUGGUUGUGAUGCUGUAUGUGAACGCAUGCAAGCUUGAUUCGCCUUCAGGGGGCUGAUAAUAAACCUAGUAAAUCAUCAAAAUGAGUUCAUAAGUGUUAACUUACACUGGACACAAAAACAAAGACCGGUUUAGCAGCAGACUCUAGUUUACUCCUGCAGCCUGUGUUUUUUUUCUUUUCCCUUUUUAAUUUUUCUUUUAGUUACUUUUAAUUUCUUUCCUGUAUGGCUUAUUAGUUGUUUGUAAAGUCAGAAUUUUCAGGAAGGCUUCCCUGUGCAUUUGCACCAGAUGAAUGUUUGAUGUUAUGAAAAAGCUUUCCAUAUCAUCAAAACUAAUUUGUGUAGAUUUUUGCAUGGAAAAAAGUCAUACAUUUCCCCUCAAAUAGACUGUGUUGCAGUACACAAGUUGCCAUAAUAGUAGAAAACAGUAAAAUGUGGUAAUAAAAUCAUCAUCCUUUUCAUUUUCAAAGACAACAUGAAGACCUUUGCAUGUGGUAAUCUACAAGCAUAGCUCAUUUUUAGAUUUUGUUGAGUCCUGUAACAAAACGUUUCCGUUGUGGUAGAAUACCGUGCUGUGUUUCAAUGUUACUUGUUUUCAAACUUUGUUUUCUAUGAAAAUGAUAUGGAAACUUCUAAAAUUUAAAUUUGGUGCAUAUGUACUGCUGAAUAAAGACCGAAGAGGUGUGAACAGAUGUACAAAUCAAAUCAUGGUUUGAACACCUUAAUUAAUAUGCCUAAUCUGUCCAAUUGUUUUAGACUACUUUUUAUCUUAGAUGUAGGCAGCCAUGAACAAUCUAUUUUGAGCCACUUUAGAGAGAAAACUUUGUAUUUUUAAAACUUGCAUAAAAGCAUGCAAGUGUUUUUAUAAUUGGAAGAAUGCCUCAGUUUUGAGGUUCUGCACACUAAAUUAAAAGUGACGUUACAAAUUUGUACGAAAAGGAAAACUCUUUAUAAGGUGGCUCAUUGUAGGAAAUGCUGUGCCUUCCCCUUUGAGCACAAGUGUUGCAUGAACAACAGUUUGCUAUAAUAAAACAUACCAGGUUAGCCACCAUUAGCAUCUAUAUCUACCUUGUGUUUUAAAAUCAACUGGUAAUUCUGAAACACUGUAGAAUGAAUGGAUAAAGAUUAUUUUGUGAUCAUAACUCUUUGUUGGACUAGAGUAUUUUUGCAGCAUUCCUUGUCAUCAGAAACAUGGUUAAAGUUUAAAACUAGAAGCAGCAGAAAACUAGCUUGUGAAAUUUAUCCAAGUAGAGAGCAGGCUAGGCUGUCUUGGGGAAAUAAACAUUAAAACAUAUAACAGUGUUGUA